AUAUACUCUGGUAGGCCUUUGAAAUUAACAGCCCGUUACAAACAACCCCAACAAGAAAACCGAAACAAGCAAUUAAAACCCACUUAGUCGAAUUUGCCAUCACCCUGCAAACGUAAACAGCCAUGACUGCUCGGUCCUUCUUUCUCAGUCUUCGACGAACAAGCAAUACGAUCAUUAAGAACAACGCCUGUUCUGAGGCCGCCCCUCACUCGAGAUUUCUCUCUUCUCGAUCUUUGAGAAGCGAUGUUCUUGAAGAAAGCUCGACUCCCGAGGGCAAAGAUGAUCUCAAAACUAGAAUUUUUACGCUCAGACUGCCAAAAAGGAGCGUUAUUAACGUUAUUCAGAAAUGGGUCAGUGAAGGAAACCAAACGUCCAUGCUUGAGCUUCGACAGAUUCAGAAAGAACUCAGAAAGUCUCAGCGUUACAAGCAUGCUCUCGAGAUAUCUGAAUGGAUGGUUUCUCACGACGAGUUUGUGUUAUCAGACUCUGACUAUGCUAUACGUAUUGACUUGAUGACAAAAGUUUUUGGUAUUGAUGCUGCUGAGCGCUACUUUGAAGGUCUACCUCUAUCUGCAAAAACUAGUGAAACCUGCACUGCUCUCCUCCACUCUUAUGCUGGGGCGAAAUUGAUGGAAAAAGCUGAGCAAUUUUAUGAGAGAAUAAAGGACUCAAACCUGUCAUUCAGUGCCCUUAUGUAUAACGAGAUGAUGACUUUGUAUAUGUCGGUUGGUCAAGUUGAGAAAGUCGCUUUAGUUGUUGAAGAGCUUAAGCGAAAGCAUGUUGUGCCUGACAUUUUCACCUACAAUCUGUGGAUUAGUUCUUGUGCCUCAACCCUCAACAUUGACGAAGUUAGAAAGAUUCUGGAUGAAAUGAGUAUUGACUCUGGUUCAAAUGGUGGUCUGUCAAAUUACAUCAACCUUGUGAAGAUAUACAUUGAGGCCAGUCAUCUCGUGAAUGCAGAGAGCAGCCCUCUGGUUGAAGCGGACAAAAGUAUUACACAAAGAGAAUGGAUUACGUAUGACUUCCUUAUUAUUUUGUAUGCAGGCUUGGGAAACAAAGAUAAAAUCGAUCAGAUAUGGAAAUCCUUGAGGAUGACCAAACAAAAAAUGACAAGCAGAAACUACAUAUGCAUCCUUUCUUCUUAUCUGAUGCUUGGGCAUAUGAAAGAAAUCGAAGAAGUUAUUGACCAAUGGAAACAAUCUACCACCUCAGAGUUUGACAUCUCUGCAUGUAACAGGCUUUUGUAUGCUUUUAAAGAUGUGGGAUUGAUUGAAAAAGCAAACGAUUUCCAUAUGCUUCUGCUACAGAAAAACUGCAGCCCCACAAAUGAGCAAGGAUAGAAUUUUGUUUAACCAGUCAGAGAUCUAUGCUAGUGAGGUUUUAGUUUUGUGAAAUCUGAGAGCACCCUUAUGGCAUCCAAAUGAAUGAGAGAUAAAAAUAAGUAUAUUUGCAUUUCUUGCAGGCUUGCUGCAUACCACACAGCUGAAUUGAACCAUUUCAAGCUGCAGCUGUUUUAAAUUGUUGCUCUUCUCUGUUUGUAUCCUCUUUGCUUGAAAUGAAAACUUUUCAUAGCUUUGUAAAAUUUGAUAAGCUUACUGUUGUACAGUUCCUUUUACAAUGACCUUAUGGCUUUCAUAGCUGCUAAUGUAUCUGAUUCUGCCAUGAUCAAAAUUUUUGAAGAGA